AACGUCCCGCUCACAAAGCUUACACAGCAGUAGCCUGCACCAGUAAGAGCUGGCAGGAGGUUAAAAAAUGUCUGCUUUCCAAUAUUACAAUAAAAUCCGCUGGAGGACCCUAAACACAGCAUCAGCAGAGUGGAGCGCGGGCUGUUGGGACAGAUGCGUGUGUGGAUGUGCGCGCAUCAGGUACUAAUGCUUCUCGGCCGGGAGAGGACAGAGCGGUCUGAAAACCACCAUCACAGAGCUCCAAAUCUCUGCCUCCGCAUAUUCUGGAAUAAAAGGGAGCUGUGGGCGGCAGGGGGGCAAAGGAGAGAGGAGGAGGGCCCCGAUAGUGAAGGACGCCACCAUCACAUCUUCUGAUGGCUGCACUGUUCUCGCUUAAGAAGCGGCAAGCCAAACCCACCGGGGGUAGCACAGAGUCGGAGCAGCCAUGUCUCAUGGAUGGGGAUACGGACCAACUAACGGCCCUGACACAUGGGCUGAAGAGUUCCCUGUAGCUAAUGGCCCCAGACAGUCUCCCAUCAACAUAGUCCCCAAAGAGGCCCAUUAUGACCCCUCUCUGAAAGCUCUGAAAAUCAAUUACGACCCCUCCAACACCAAAGGCAUUCUGAACAAUGGACACUCCUUCCAGGUGGACUUUGUGGAUGACACAGACAGCUCCACCUUGACUGGAGGUCCUAUUUCUGGAACCUACCGUCUGAAGCAGUUUCAUUUCCACUGGGGUGGAAGUGACAACAGAGGCUCCGAGCACACUGUCAACGGCAUCAGGUUCCCCUGUGAGCUUCACUUGGUACACUGGAACACUAAGUACCCCAGUUUUGGAGAGGCGGCUGACAAGCCUGACGGACUUGCUGUAGUGGGGGUCUUUCUAAAGAUUGGUGCUGCCAACCCCCGCCUUCAGAAAGUGCUGGAUGCCUUGGAGGCCAUCAAGAACAAGGGGAAGCAGACUACCUUUGCAAACUUUGAUCCAAAGACUCUGCUUCCUGGUUCUCUGGCUUACUGGACGUAUGAGGGCUCUUUGACGACGCCACCCCUCCUGGAGAGCGUUACCUGGAUCGUCCUCAAGGAGCCAAUCAGCGUCAGCCCUGCACAGAUGGCUAUGUUCCGCAGCCUCCACUUCACUGGAGAUGGAGAAGCUCCAUGCUGCAUGGUGGACAACUACCGCCCUCCACAGCCUCUCAAGGGCCGCCUGGUCCGUGCAUCCUUCAAAUAAGCCCUGCAUCUUCUUACUCUUUGUUUGUCCUUUUGAUGAACAUUCUCGUUUUUCCCUAUGCAGUCUUUUUAUUUUUGCUUUUUUGAAAUCACCUUGAAAAUGAUGCAGGACUUCUAGUCCCUACUCUCUUUAUUUUAAUUCAAUUCAAUUCGAUUUUAUUUAUAUAGCACCAAAUCACAACAAACAGUUGCCUCAAGGUGUGAUUUGUGUCGUUUCUUCAGCCAUUCUACACCUAAUAAUCAAAUAGAUUUUCUUUGAAAUAUGUGCAUUAUUAAAAAAACCUUUCCAAUGGGGAAUAUUAUUGAUAACUGCAGAAUCUUUGGAAUCUAGUAUUUUUUUGUAAAUUAUUUUUGAAAUAUUAUUAAUUAUUCAACAAUAAUAUUUUAUUAUCAUUUUCAUCAAAAAGAUACACAUGGCUAGUCAUGCUUUUCAAUUGUUUCAGUUGUUAGUAUAAAGCACAAAUGAUCUUUUUAUGAACAGUUACCUAUGUGGUGAAUAUAGUCCUAUUUAUGGAAAAAACAUCCCUCUAAAUGCUUAAACUUCACCUUUAUCGACUCCUUGAAGCUCUCUCUAUGCACUGAGUGUGUUGUGAAUUGUGCUGCAGACAGCUGCUCAGAUUGUCAGAGGCUUACUGAUGCCUAAUUUUGUCACUUUGAAACAAACUGGUCAUAUCACUAAAACAGGAAGUGACUGAACUUAGACAUGCUAUUCUUCUGUAGUGACAGCCACCAUUAUACACACUAUACAGCGGUUGGAGCCACCACCUAUCAGGUAUUGCUUUCAUGCCAGUGGGUUUUACUUAUUACCCGUCAUUAUGGUAAUGCAAAGGAAGGCAGUCGGUUGUGAAGAAAUGUCCAACCAACUUUAGCCAGCAGUGCAUCCAGAGGCCACCAGUACGAGUGCAUUUCUGUGGCUCUGGCUUAAACCUCUCAGUAGACCUACAAUACAAGUGUCUUCAUUUUUUUAAGAACUACCUAUCACCACAGUGCAUUAACCAUUGUCUUAGGACUCACGUAAGGUGAGCUGAAAAUAAGUAUAAGCACUGUUCAUUUUUUUUGUUAAAUCACUGUUUAUUUUUAUUCUUUUUUUCCCAGUGCCUUUUGUCAGUUCUUCAUUUAUUAAACUUACAUAAAUAACAGGUAUUUAUAAAUGACCAGAGCAAUGUUACUUUUUAUUUUCUUAUAUCAAAUGUUUUAGGGUGUGUCUACAGUAAAACAGCUUGAACUGCUUAUAGUCACAUUACAAAUGGAAAUGCACAUGAGACUAUUUCAUGUAAUAAAUGCAAAAAUACAUCAAUUAUUAAAAAAAAAGAAGAAGAAAAGA